GCCAAGAGCGAUCGUAAUGGCUGCAAGCUAGCCCUCAUAUCGACAGCUUCUGCUAGUUCAUCGCACCGACUUCAGAGUUACCAAAGUCAAGAGCCUCAUGGUCCCAUGCUCUGGCUCAGGGAGAGCGCGCUUGUCGAGCCGUCGGCAUGAUGUGCCAUUGAUAAAGAUGGUCACGGACCAAGGCGAUGCCAACCUCGGUUACACAAUACGUAAGAGAUCGCACUGCACGCUCAUCUUCAUUCUGACAUGUUUCAAACUUCUUGUGACGAACGGUGGGCCUAGCUCUUUAGUGCGGUUCUUUGGAUCAGGGGUCUUUGGAGCUACUGGCGAUGCUCGACGAAAAUGGCAAAAGAUCCUGUUCUUCUAUACCCUCAACAUCAGUUGGCUCCUUCUUUUCUCGCUGCCAUUAUACACGAUCAUCCAGUCGCCUUUUAGGCACCGUGCAGCUCGUAAAUAGCUUCGAGAUGCCUAUUCGUGCUGAUCAGUCAUUUCUACUAUCUCAUACAGAGCAUGAGGCAUUCUUUACGUUGUGCUGCUUUCUUCCAGAUGACUGCCGAUGGCAUUCGCAAGGUUCACCGAUUUUCUUUCGCUUCCCCGUGCUGU